CUUUUAUUGUGAAACAUGAAAGGUUGGACAUCCGGGUCAUGCGCACCGCUUUUCGAUAAAGGCCAGUUUUACUACCAAAAACCGAAAUGCAGACUUUUUUAAUUAACCCCGUUUUGUUUACAGCUUUGUACGCUUUGCUGUCCUUGUCGUUUUUUCAACAUGCCGUCGAGGCGUCGAGCGGCAAGGGAUUCGGGGACAACAUCCACUGGAGAACACUGGAAGACGGCAAGAGCGAGGCGGCGGCCAGUGGUCUGCCCCUCAUGGUCAUCAUCCACAAGACGUGGUGUGGAGCCUGCAAAGCGCUAAAGCCCAAAUUCGCAGAGUCCAAGGAGAUCUCUGAACUCGCUCACAACUUUGUGAUGGUCAACCUGGAGGAUGAAGAGGAGCCGAAGGACGAAGCCUUCAGUCCCGACGGAGGCUACAUCCCACGCAUCCUUUUCCUCGAUCCCAGUGGCAAAGUCCAUCCUGAAAUCACCAACAGAAACGGGAAUCCCAAUUACAAGUAUUUUUACAGCAGUGCUGAACAAGUGGUGUCAGGGAUGAAGGAGGCGCAGGAGAAGCUGACGGGCGAUGCCUUCAAGCGGAGCCACACCGGAGACGAACUGUGAGGAAACGAGCGUCUGAGCAGCAAGGGCUACAUCACCUCCUACCAACACUUACAUCGCCAUGAACACUACUUGUUACAUAAUGUAUACUGUACUAUCAUGGAUGUAACAACCCAAUCAAGUGCCAAAUUGACACACAACUUUCCAUCAAGGUUCCCCACACUGAGGCUCCAAAACGGGUCGGCGGUAAAUAUUUAUCAGGUCGCCAAUUGUCAAAACGCCUUUUUUUUUUUUUAAAUGCUCAUCAAGUAGGGACAUAAUCACGUUUGUUGCAUUGAAUUGAAUCUUUAGUGUUAUUUUAUGUACAAUAUAUGUUGGGAAACCUUAGACUUUUCACAAUCACCCUAAAAGCCACAACCUGUACCCAUUCACCAUACCUCAUACUUCUAAAGACGAUUUCUUGUGAACAUGUGAAUUUAUUUUGCACAUUUUUUUUCUCCUGUUAUAUUAUUUUGCCUCAUUUUAUACCCUGUGAACAAAUAAAGGUUUGUUGUAGUGAA